AUGUUCACCUCCUCACCCCACCAAAAGAAAGGCGCUGUCAACUUUACCGCUUCAGAGUCAAGGGAAUCUUUGGCUAGCGGCAGGACGGCGGUCAGAUCCGUAUCGAUAGUACUAGCCUGUAUGAUGGCGCACAUCGUUAAUAGCUCCAAUACAAGCGCCGUUUCGGUCUCCUUGCCCACUAUCGGGAAGGAGUUGAGCAUUCCGGAGACGCGCUUGAACUGGAUAGUCUCCUCAGGUCCAUUAACCACGAGCUGUUUCCUGAUGACGUUUGGGCGAAUAUGCGAUCUUUAUGGUCGCAAGAAACCAUUUCUCCUCGGUUCGCUGUGGAUGGCGGUGUUCACUCUAAGCCUCUCCUUCGCCAAAAACGAUAUUACCUUUGAUAUCCUGAGAGGCCUGCAGGGCAUAGGACGUGCUGCUAUGAUGCCUGCUGCGGUCGGAAUCCUUUCAGACGCGUUUCCAUCUCCCCAGGCGCGAAGGAAAGCUUUUGCUGCUUUCACUGCCGGCCAGCCCCUCGGCGAUGCGCUUGGUACGGUCGUUGGUGGCGUUUUAACCCAGCUCACUGCGACAUCCUGGCGGUCGCCAUUUUACCUUAUCUCAGCUCUGACUACUGUGACUUUUGCCCUUGGUCUAUAUGCCAUUGACAAUGAUCGUCCCUCCAUUGAACCGGAUCGGCGGAUUGACUGGCUUGGUACGGUCCUUGUCAGUGCCGGCCUCUUGCUUGUCGUAUUUGUCUUGUCCCAAGGCGAAGUGGCACCGUACCAAUGGAAAACGUCGUACAUAAUCACGCUCCUCUUCCUCGGCAUAACAUUCAUCAUCGCAUUCUUUCUCUGGCAACGCUACCUUGGACAGAAGUACGAUAUGAAGUCUUCAAAACGGUAUCCACCGCCGUUGAUGCAAUUAUCACUAUGGACACGGGCGAAUGGGCGUGUUGCGGCGGCGUUCGUCAUCGCAUUCCUAACGUGGUGUGCUUUAUACUCUUGGCUGUACUGGGCUCAGCUGUACUAUCAGAACUACCAGGGACUAGCACCUCUAGCCACUGUCACUCGUCUUCUCCCAGCCUACUUCACCGGCACAUUGUAUAAUGUCACGGCGACAAUAUUCCUUGGUCGCAUACCCCUGGUGUACCUUAUGGUUUCUGGGAAUACGCUGACUGCCAUUGCUAGUCUGCUCUUCGCCCUAGUCAAUCCUAACUCGGUAUACUUCGCCUUUGGAUUUCCGGCCGCUAUUUUGGCACCCGCGGGUGCUGGAUUCGUAUACGCCUGCACAAUGAUCUAUGUCACGAAAGUGGCUAAACCACAUGAGCAAAGCAUGGUGGGAGCUGUGGUACAAACCAUGACACAACUAGGCUCGUCCCUGGGCGUCACGCUAUCCACUGUUAUUUUCGAUCAAGUAUCUGGAGGUCAGGCGAAAUCACAGAGAAGUCCAUUGUAUAGCUACAAGGCGGCAGAAUGGACGAAUUUUACGUUUGCGGCGUUGGGUAUGUUCUCCUUAUCUUUCUGGAUGACUGCAGGCGAUCGAUCUGAUGAUAUACUAGCGGCAUUGCUAGCUCUGAUCGUCUUCCGUGGCGUCGGAGUAAUUGAAAAAGGAAGCAGACAUUGUAACAAGGACGAAAGUGAAUCUGCGAGCAGCAGCACCGCCGUUGAUUCUGGUUCGUGGAGACAUACGCAUUGUUAA